AUGGCGAGAGGAUUCGAUCCUGACAGUGCCUUUGAUGUAGCAAAGCUACAAGCGCAGAGGGCAUUGUCUUGGCUGCAAGGGCCGGGACUGAGGGCCGCCACAGCCGUCACCCUGGCUGCCGUGCACCAGGAGGCUCCUCAGCUUGCCGCAUGCGCUGGUGGCUAUUUGGAUCGUCAUUCUGCUAUGGGGUGA